AUGGCUGACAUUACUCCCGAGUCGCUAGGCACCGCCCUAAGGGCCGUGCCUUGCGCUCACUUCAUCAAUGGCGACUUCCUAGGACCGUCUCCAAGUGAAUCGGUGAGGAAGCUGGACAUAAUCAACUCUGCCACUGAACGCCCCAUCGCCGAGUCCCUGUGCGCUGGAAGGGCCGAUGUGGACCUCGCAGUAGCUGCUGCCCGCAAGUCCUUCGACGACGGGGUAUGGUCCAAGCGUUUAGGCUCUGAUCGCGCCGUUGUGAUGAAGCGCAUUGCAGAGGGAAUUAAAGCACGGUGA